AUGUAUGCGGACCGGAAGAUUCGAGAUUUAGAGUUUAUGGAGAGUGAGCAGGUUCUUCUGAAGGUUUCACCCAUGAAGGGUGUGAUGCUAUUUGGGAAGAGGGGAAAGUUGUGCCCGAGAUAUAUUGGUCCAUUUGAGAUUCUCCGUCGUGUUGGUUUUGUUGGGUAUGAGUUAGCCUCGCCACCAGGCCUGUUAGGUGUUCAUAUCAAAUUCCAUGUUUCUAUGCUGAAAAGUUACCAUUCAGAUGGGUCUUAUAUCAUUUUUUGGGAGUCUGUGUUGCUUGAUGAGAAUCUGUCAUAUGAGAAAGAGCCUAUAGCGAUCUUAGAUAGGCGGAUUGUGAUCCAGAGACUGCUACUCGACCUCACAUUUAGCGUUGAGGCCAUUUGCUGA